UUUGUUUCCACUAGACUCCUGAAAUACUCUUUUCUUCAAAAACAAAAACUAACUUCAUGAAGUACUCAAUUAUUUUUCACUAAACUUAAAGCACCCUAAACGACACCUUACAGAGUUACGGUUACACCAUCCAAUUCGUCCACGGCGGCACGGGACACCGGUGAAUAAAAGUCUCUAGUUCAUGAUAUGGAAUACUUAAAGCCAAGACACCCAUUAUUGACAUCAAAAGAGCCCAAUGAAGAUCCUAAAAUGGAGAUGCAAGAUCUAAUAACAAUGUUACAAAGUAAGCAGUAUGUGUUCUGGCAUAGAAGACAUGAAAAUUCAGACACUGUGAAAGAUAUAUUUUGGACACAUCCAGAUGCGAUACAUUUGUUGAACAAAUCUCACUUUGUCUUGCUCAUUGGCUGCACAUAUAAAACCAAUAGGUUUCAAUUGCCACUACUUGAAAUUGUUGGCGUUACUUCAACGGAGCUGACAUUUUCUAUAGCAUUUGCCUUUUUGGAUUAUGGGGGACUAGAUAAUUUCACAUGGGCAUUACAAAAGUUAAGAGGAUUGUUUUUGAGAAAUGAUUCAAUUUCUCAAGUAAUUGUGACCGACAAAGACCUUGUUUUGAUGAACGCAAUUGAAUUUGUGUUUCCAAAUUCACGUAAUUUGCUAUGCCGAUUUCACUUAUCUUUAAAUGUACGACCCAAAUGCAAUACCUUGGUGUUUCCGAAGGAGAAACGUGUGAAUGUACUUGAUGCAUGGAGUGAUCUUAUUAAUUCUCCUGAUGAGGCUGAGUAUGUGCAACGCUUGCAUCAUUUUGAGGAUGUAUGUGCAAAUUUUCCUAUUUUUAUGGAGCAUGUGAAAAAUACAUGGUUGAUUCCUCACAAGGAAAAGUUUGUCUUAGCAUGGACUGACCAAGUGAUGCAUCUAGGAAAUACAACAACAAACAGGGUUAGGUCUAUACGCGGUACUUGGAAAUCAUUGAUGCAAGAUACUAGUGGAGACAUGUGUGAAUGUUGGGAUGCAAUAAAUAAUAUGUUUAUAUUGCAACACUGUGCCAUAAAGGCUUCAUUCCAAAAAAGCAUAAACAAAGUGCAACACAGACAUAAUAUUCCUGUGUAUCAGAAAUUGAGGCAUUAUAUAUCAAUUAAUGCACUAACUCGUAUCGGUCUUGAGUAUGAUCAAGUGAACUCUAUUAGUAUUGACAAUUCGAAUUGUAAUUGUAAAAUUAGAACUAUAUAUGGUUUACCUUGUGCCUGUGAACUUGCGAGAUAUAAAAUCAUGGGCGUUGCCAUUCCAUUGUCAAUAGUUCACGUACAUUGGACGAGAUUAAGCUUUAGUGAUAAAAACGAGAAAGAGACAGACAAAUUGAAAGAGGAAGACAUGGCACAUGAGUGGGAUGUAUUGUUAAAGCGAUUUCGAGAACUUGAUGUUGUUGGUAGAAUUACUUUGAAGAGCAAAGUGCACGAGCUUGCAUUUCCAGAUGCAACUUCAAUGUGUCAACCUCCAAUCAUAGAAGGCAAAUACCCUUCUAAUAGUGGCAAAGGCGCUUCUAUUGGUCCAAACUCUGAGUCAGUUUGGAAGGGGAGGUGUCAUAAAGUUGCUGAGAUUCUUCAGACUGUCUUUGAUGAACAAUUGCUUCUUGAAGGGACUGAGAUUUAUAAACACUUCACUCAGGCACUAUGCAUAGUGCAAGGUGGAAGUGAGGAAGGUGAAAGUAUGGAGGGACUUGCACAUCAGAAGAGAAAGAAGCCUUGCUCCACGCAGUGAUUAAAUUUGCUAUGUUCUUAUUUACUUAACUACCUUUUUGUUUAAUCUCUUGGUAUUGUGAGGACUACAUCUUUGAUAAACCUUUAGGGCUUGUAAAUUUGUAAUGGCAGUCCUUCAAUAUAUUCUAUGACACUGUUUGUACUUACUCUAUGGUA